GUUAUUAUCGGUUUAUCUCCCGUGAUUUGUUCUCCCUGUCACUACAAACGCCCCAUAUCUUCUUUGUCUGCCACACCUGGCCCACACAAGAAUUUCGCUACCACUGUUACACCUAAAAUGGCCUUCUUCAAUUACAGUUCACAAAUUGUUGUACUCCUAAAACCCAAAUCAUAAAUUUACCCCCUCCAUCCCCGCCGUCAUAUAUACAGAGACAACAAAAGGGCACGUUAGUCAAAUGAUGAUGAAUACACACAGCUAGAUCGGAAGCAAUUCAAGAAAUGGAGGAUAUGAGGUGGGAUUGGGGUGCCCAGAAAUUCGCGGCGGCAGUUGCCGGAAUCUUGUUGGUGAUGGUGGUGCAGAGACGGUGGUGGCGGGCGAGGAAGCCGGAAAGGGAGGGGACGGUUCCUAAAGGGAGUUCAGGCUGGCCGUUGUUGGGGGAAACUCUCGACUUCAUAGCCAGCGGAUAUACGUCCCGCCCCGUCUCCUUCAUGGACAAACGCAAAUCUCUGCAUGGGAAGGUGUUCAAGACGCACCUGCUGGGGAAGCCGGUUAUAGUGUCGACCGAUUCAGAGGUGAACAAGGUUAUUCUGCUUAACCAGGGCAAUGUCUUUGUCCCAUCUUAUCCAAAAUCCGUUAGUGACCUGUUUGGGAGCAAUUCAAUUCUACAAAUGAACGGACCUGUGCACAAGAGACUGCACGCCGUUAUCGGAAGUUUCUUGAAAUCGCCGCUGCACAAAGCCCGUUUCACUGCCUACAUUGAGAACAGCAUCCGCCGGUCGCUGUCAACCUGGGCGGAUGAAGACGGCAUGGUCAUUUACCUCCAAGAUCAGGCCAAACAGAUUGCUUUCGAGGUUUUGGUCAAAGUGUUAUUGAGUGUCGGACCCGGUGAAGAUUUGGAUUUUAUGAAGAGAGAAUUUGAAGAAUUUAUGAAGGGAUUGGUUUGCCUUCCUGUUAAGCUCCCGGGAACAACGCUAUACAAAUCCCUCAAGGCCAAGGGGAAGCUGUUGAAACUUGUGGCGAAGAUGGUGGAAGAGAGGAAAAUGGCUAUGGAGGAGAGAAACGGUGAUAAUAAAAUGGCACCGACAAUGGACGCAAUCGACGUGCUCUUAGAAGAAAUGGGUGAAUCGGAUGACGGGACGACAAAGUUAAGGUUAAAGGGCGAUUUCAUCACCUCCAACCUCAUAGAGAUGAUGAUUCCCGGAGAGGAGACUUUGCCGACGGCCAUGACUCUCGUUGUCAAAUUCUUAAGUGAUAGUCCUGUCGCAUUAGCUCAACUAAUGGAGGAGAACGUAGAAUUACGAAAGGUUAAACUGAGUUCCGGGGAAGAAUAUGUUUGGACCGAUUACAUGUCUCUAUGCUUCACUCAAAAUGUGAUCAGUGAGACGCUACGGAUGGCAAAUAUUAUCAAUGCAGUGUGGAGGAAAGCCCAGAAAGAUGUCGAAAUCAAAGGACAUUUGAUACCAAAAGGGUGGUGUGUGCUGGCAUCGUUGAUAUCGGUUCACAUGGACGAUGAGAAUUAUGAAAAUCCAUACGACUUUAAUCCUUGGAGAUGGGAGAAGCCUGGAGUGAAUAUAAACAGCAGCAAGUUUACACCAUUUGGUGGUGGGCAGAGGUUGUGUCCUGGUGUAGAACUCUCCAGGCUUGAGAUCGCGAUUUUCCUCCAUCAUCUUGUUACAACCUACAGGUGGGUGGCCGAGGAGGACGAAAUCGUGUAUUUCCCUACGGUAAAAAUGAGAAGGAAGCUGCCAAUCACCGUCACGCCCGUUGAUCAUCUUCCCGGAUAUUAAGAACCAAAUUUAAGCUUUUGGAUCUUCGGUAACUUUAUUAUGGAGUAUAUUGUUAUAUAGACAAACCUGAAAAGAAGUAUUUUGUAUACCUCUUACUCGUUGUACAUUCGACAAAUACAAGAUGAUGGAUAUAAAUACAGUAAAAGAGAAUUCUGGGAUGACCUAGAAAGGAUCAAUGGAUUACAGGCAAUGGCCAAGGGGUCGAGUAAGAUAAA